CAAAAGACCUCAGCAAUGCUGGCCAGGUUACCACUGACCCGACGGAGACUAGCAACCAAGGAGCCAGCGCGUGUGCACGGCGUGCGCGCGGCGAUGUUCCUGAUUACGGCUUCCGCUUCCGGUCUCUUCCCGUCUUCUGCGGCGGACGGCCGUUCCGUUAUGGCGGCACGGUGGCUGCGUCUGAGCUCGUUUCCCACCCGAGAUCUGUUCCAGAGAAGACUCGGCGGUUCGGGGGCGUCUGGCUCCUUUAGGGAAGGGGGUGAGAGGCACUAUUCAGAAAAUGCAACCCUUCAGGAAAAAUCCCCCAUCCUGGAAGAAGAAAGUAUUUUCCUUCCAAGAAAAAAAAACUGGGAUAAAUCAGCAGUUCUUCAGACACUUGCAUCAACUGUUAACAGGGAUAUUACAGCUGUUCACUACAGGUUUCAAGAUGAUCCUUAUCUUAUCCCCAGAAAUUCUUUAGAGCAUCAUUUCUUUUCCAUGUCAAAAGCAUCAGGACAAAAUGCAGCCAAACAUAUCAUUAACACACAUCCUGAGUUUUUUGAGAAAGACUAUGCUGAACCUCACAUUCAGUGUCUCAUGCCAGAAAAGUUGAUGUUGCAACUUGAAGAAGUGAGCGAGGUUGCACUAAAUAAUCUAAUUCAGCUAAGAAAAGUAAAAGCAUCUGUGAAUAUGUAUGAUCAGCUUCUGCAAGCAGGAACUUGCAUAUCUCUGGAGACAUCAAACAGUCUUCUGGAUCUCCUAUGUUUUUAUGGAGAUAGAGAACCGGAUCAGGAGAAAGAUAGUGAGCUGGAAAAACAAGAGGAAAUUCUACCAAGAAGGCAGUUUGCAAGGAAUACUUCUAAAUACCAACAAAUUACAUGGAGGGAAAACAACAAUGCUGAGAGAAUAUUUAACCUAAUGCCAGAAAAAAAUGCAUAUUCCUAUUGUACGAUGAUCAGGGGAAUGGUGAAGCAUGGAGCAUGCCAAAAAGCGUUCAGCAUGUACACUGAUUUGUUGAAUAAAAAGCUUAAGGCUGAUGUGAACACCUUCAAUACACUUAUUGUAGCAGCUAUAGAGGUUAAGGAAAGAUACAUUGAGAAAUGGGCGUGCAUUGAAGACUUGCUGAGGCAGAUGGUUGAACAGGAUAUACAACCAAAUCUGCUAACUUUUAAUUCUGUACUGAAGGCACUGAAGCAAUGUGGUAAGGUACCCCGGGCUAAGGCUAGACUGACCUUGAAUGAGAUGAGAACACUAAAUAUAGAACCUAGCCUUGCAACAUAUUACCAUUUGCUAUGCAUGUCACAUAAAAUUGCCAGAGUUGCUGAUUCCCAGUCCCAUGUGCUAUAUGCUAUCAUAAAUGAAAUUGAAGGAAAAGCUUUUUAUCCUCAGGAUCCGGAUGAUAUCCACUUCUUUCUAAGUGCGAUGAAAACAUGCCUGGAACUGAAGGAUGUUCAACUUGCUUAUCGGCUAAAUAGAGUGGUGGAGACAGCAGAGAACAGGCUAAUGUUGGGAGAUAUGACACACAAGAACUUUUACUAUGUAUCGUUUUUUGAAUUGUUGGCUAUGAUGGAAAACCUUGAUGCUUUACUGAACUGGUAUAAAAAAUUGGUUCCAUCAGUGUUUUACCCCAAUAUUAGAACGAUGCUGUAUCUUCUUCAGGCAUUGGACUCUGGCGAUUGUUUGGAAUUGAUUCCCCAAAUCUGGAAAGAUAUUAAGCAAUUUGGAUUUAGCCUCAAAGAUCCUCUUGUACAGGAAGUUCUGGCUCUUAUGGCAAGGGACAUGCAGUCUCCAGAGACUCAAGCUGCAUUUGCUGACUGUGCUGAAAAUAUAAAAUCUCUCCAUGAGUUAAAGAGCAGGAACACACAACUCUUGUGGAAAGACACUUCUCUUAAUAAUACCACAAUUCUUUUUGCCAGGGCUGGCAGAACACAGGACGCUUGGAACAUGCUAACGCUUUUUAAAAAAUACUCUCAAGUUCCCAGUGAUUUGACAGUGAAAGAGGUGUUCAACUGCAUUAAGCAAAGCAACCAAGCAGAUAAAGCACUUGAGCUAGUAAAGCUGACUGCUGACUACGGUAUACAGUCAACUUCAGUGCUUGCCAAGAGAACUCUAGAAGAAUUUGAACUCUCUGAAGGGCAAAGGAGGACUCUGGUUGAUAUCAUAGAAGGAGGCUGUGGUUAUAAAUAGGUGCCAGAAGGGAAACCACUUCCUCUUUUCUGAAGGAAAAAGCAGCUUACCUGAUUUCUAUGUGGCUGUUAAGGAGUGGCCCUGAAAAGCUCAAUGAGUUUUGUACAUAUCUGUAUUAUAUCAGUAUUAUUAUCAUCUGGAUUCUCAUCUGAUGACAGCUGGUCAGAAGUUCUGGUUUCACCUGUUUUGGAGUGCUCAUUCUCUUUCUCCAGAACCUCAAUUUUGAAAACCAAAAUUGCCUGCCUGGAUCAUAGAAUUAUUUUCUUACUGUAUUGCAUCUAAAUUUUCCUCAGACAUGCUUACAGAAAUAAACAGUAGUCUACUUGC